GAUCGAUGACAUUAGCUAGCGCCUUUGUAGAGCGGAGGUGCUUGAUCCUCGAAGUACUUCCCUUCUUCUAAUUGACAGCAGUAGGAACUCGAAAGGGGUUCUAGUUAUAAACAACCAGGGUAUUGGACCGGACCGACAGGAUCAACGACAACUCAGAAGAAACCCUCUAAGAAAUUGUGGCAAUCUCAAGAUUCUCAAGUCAGUAAUGCAAGAUGGCAAUGGGAGAUAAGGAAGAGCUUGUUAUGGAAGACGUGUAUGUACGGCAAAGCAAACACAGUAAAAUCUUCCUGGGCAUUAUUUCAGUUCUGUUUUGCAUCAUAGUCUGCCUCUUGGGACUCUUAAUACACUUCAUUUUGGACAGCAAAUCAUGCAACUCCGUUUGUUCGACAGAGCGAUGUGUGCAAUCGGCUGCGGUUUAUCUCAGUAAUAUGAAUAGAAGCGUGGAUCCAUGUGAGAAUUUCUACGAGUACUCGUGCGGGGGUUGGAAAACCAAGAAUAUCAUCGCCGAAGAUGAGACCUCCGUGUCAGCAUUUGGCAAGCUUGACGACGACGUCGGCAUGAAAUGCAAAGCCAUCUUUGAAAGUGCUCCAGGGAAGAAUGAACCAAAGGCGGUCAGCAGUGUCAGGAAUUUCUACAAGUCUUGUGUGGAUUUAGACGCCAUCAACAAAUUAGAUGCCCAGCCAGUGAUUGAUAUCUUGGCUGACAUCGGAGGUUGGCCGGUUCUUGGUUCGAGUCCCGGUGGCAAUUGGCAGGGCUCUUCAUAUGACUUUGUCAGACUUAAGACGCUCAUCUCCAGGAAGCACGGCAGUGGAGGAAUAUUAUCGGUUACAAUCGGCGCAGAUGAUAAGAACACCACAAGAAACGUCUUAAUGAUUGACCAGCCUGGGUUAUCCCUUGGAGACCCUGAAUACUACCUAGAUGCGAAUAAAACAAAGGAGAAGGAAGCUUUUAUGAAAUACAUGAUUGACAUAGCAGUGGCCUUGGGAGCGGAAUCAGCAGCUGCUAGUGAACAGAUGCAAGAAGUCAUGGAUUUUGAAACCGCUAUUGCAGGUAUGCUUGUUCCAAAGUCCGAGAGGAGAGACAGUGAGAAACUGUACAAUGUCUUCACUCUUCAGGAGCUGGGGACGGCAUAUCCUCUAAUAAACUGGGACUCGUACUUCAACCAGCUACUAAACGAGAAAGAUACACCUCUACCGGACGAUGAACGCAUCAUUAAUAUGUCACCAGACUUUCUAAAGAAUGUUACAGAGUGGAUUGGAGACCAGCCUAAGAGAGUCGUUGCAAACUAUCUCGUCGGGAAAGUGGUCAGUGGAUAUAUCGGUUUGCUCGGACAAAGGUUCCUAGACAUCUCACAGGCUUUAACCAACACAUUAUACGGAACAACGACAAGUACUGCACGAUGGAAGAGAUGCAUCGGGAAUGUGCAGGCAGGUACCUUCGUGUAUGCCACGGGCCGGCUUUAUGUGGCAGAAAACUUCCCGGCAACUGCAAAAGCAAAGACACUUCAGAUGGUCAACAACUUGAAGGAAGCCUUCAAGAGCAUGCUAAGUAAAAACGAUUGGAUGGAUGAAAAAGAUAAAAAAGUUGCUGCUGAAAAGGCUGAUGCUAUGAAAGUUCACAUUGGCUAUCCAGACUGGAUGCUGAACGAUACCAAACUGGACGACUACUACAAAGGGGUGUUGGACAUGGAAGCGGAUAAGUAUUUUGAGAACAACAUGAAGUACUUAAAGAGAGACUUGGAUAAGUACUUUGCAUCUCUUCGGAAACCAGUGGAGAAAGACAGAUUUGGUUCUGGCCCAGCUGUGGUGAACGCAUUUUACAAUCCUACUGAAAAUAUGAUAGUGUUUCCGGCCGGGAUCCUACAACCACCAUUCUACCAUCAUGACUUGCCAUGGUAUUCCAACUACGGCGGCAUUGGUGUGGUCAUUGGGCACGAGAUCACUCAUGGAUUCGAUGACCAAGGGAGACAGUAUGACAAAGUCGGCAACUUGGAAACCUGGUGGGGAAACAAUUCCAUCAGCAAAUUCAAGGAAAGAGCACAGUGUAUCGUGGACCAGUACUCUGGAUUCGUUAUGCCCGAAACGGGUGAACAUCUUAUUGGUAAACAAACUCAGGGUGAAAACAUUGCUGAUAAUGGCGGCUUGAAGGAGUCAUUUAAGGCGUUUAAGGACAAUGCACCUCCACAGCCUCGUCUUCCAGGGCUGGAUCUCACAGAGGAUCAAAUGUUCUUCGUGUCUUUUGCACAGGUUUGGUGCAGAAUUAGUCGUCCCGAAGCAAUUUCAUCCAGCAUACUAUCAGAUCCUCAUAGUCCUGGAAGAUACAGAGCUAUCGGUGCACCACAGAACAGCAAGGAUUUCGCCAAGGCAUUCAACUGCCCUGUCAACAGCUACAUGAACCCGGCCAAGAAAUGUGAAGUUUGGUAAAAGCAUCACCAAAACCAAUUGAUGAACUUCUGUGAAGAGGAAAUAUGUAUAAUAAUAAUAAGAUUCAUCUCCUGUCUUCAAAAUGAACAUUUGUGACUUCCUUUGCCGGCAGCUUUCAGUACUAAUGAAAUGGCAUUAAAAGGAAAGACAAACAUAACUUUAGCCAUACAGGUUGAGUAAAAAAAGAAGUGUACCAGGAUUGGUGAUGUUUUUUUUCUUCAAAACAAACAAAUGACACUCAAAAGUUCAGUAAAGCAUAUUUAACAAGCACUCUCUCCUGCUAUGCUUAUUAGAAAUAAGAAUGAAAGAAAGUGAUCAUUCCUGAGAGGAGUUAUACGUAUGUCUGUUUUAAUAAAGGUACUCAUUUUCCAAGCUGUCCAGAGAGUACUCGACAAAACAAAUGUAAAGUAAGCUUUUUAGCUGUGUACUAAGAUUUUUGCCCUGCCCUUCAGUCAAGCAUUAACAUUCCAUUGACAGCUACACGAAUGCUUUCAGUAAAACAGGCAUAACAUCUCUUAGAAAUGAUCAAUUUCUUUGAUCCCUUUUUAAUUUUUUUAUUAAAGGGAAGGUACACGUUUGGUUAUUGUCAAAGACCAGUCAUCUCACUUGGUG